AUGCCAUCCAAUUCCGAUAGCGUGAAAGUAGCCGUUCGUGUACGGCCCUUCAAUCAGAGAGAGAAAAAUGCUCAGUCCAGUUGUGUGAUUUCUAUGAGUGGGAACUCUACCACUAUAACAGACCCUAAUUCAGGACAGUCUAAAACAUUUGCAUUCGACCAUUCCUACUGGUCACACGAUGGCUUUGUUGAGGACAAGGAUGGAGUCAACAUACCCCAAACUGAUAACUAUGCUGACCAGAGACAAGUAUUCAAUGACCUUGGAAAAGGUGUACUUGAUAAUGCCUGGCAGGGCUACAAUGCUGCCCUUUUUGCUUACGGCCAAACAGGGUCAGGGAAAAGUUACUCAAUGAUUGGCUAUGGCCCUAAUAAGGGAAUAGUGCCCAUCACAUGCGAGGAACUGUUUAAGGUCAUAGAAUCCAACAAAGACAAAGACAAACAGUUACAGGUAUCCUUCAGUAUGCUAGAAAUAUACAAUGAGAAGGUACGGGAUCUUCUUGUGAAGAGUAAAGCAGAGACAGGUGGCCUGAAGAUACGACAGGACCUAAAGACAGGGUUUUACGUGGAGGGACUAAAACAUGUGCCAGUGCGUAACUACAAGGAGAUAGAAAAGUUGAUGGAGCAGGGUACAGUGAACCGAACAACUGCGUCCACCAACAUGAAUGCUACUUCAUCACGAUCCCAUAUGGUUAUCACCAUACGCUUCAAUCAGGUCAUAAUGGGCGCUGAUGGCAAGAGUAACACCAGAAGCAGUGAUAUCAAUUUGGUUGACCUGGCAGGGUCAGAGAGGAGUGCUUCUACUGGUGCUACCGGAGACAGACUGCGGGAAGGGUCAGCUAUCAACCAGAGUCUGUCUACACUAGGCAAUGUCAUCAGUGCCCUUGCCGACCAAGCAACAUCAAAGAAGAAAGUCAUGGUGCCAUACCGCAACUCUGUACUCACAAUGCUUUUACAAUCAGCGCUGGGUGGGAACAGUCGUACCAUCAUGAUAGCAGCUCUCAGCCCAGCAGCUAUAAACUAUGAUGAGACGCUUUCCACUCUCAGAUAUGCAGACAGGGCCAAAAGAAUCCAAAAUAAGGCUGUGGUGAACGAGAGCCCCACAGAGCGACUGAUCCGUGAGCUGAAGGAGGAGAAUGCGAGGCUCUUAUCCAUGUUGUCUAAAGGUGGUCCAGGUGGACCAGACUCCUCAGAAGGUCGCAAAGAACUACAGAGGAUGUUAGAAGAAAAUGAACGUCGGAUGAAUGAUAUGAAUCUGUCAUGGGAACAACGUCUCGAGCAAGCAAGAAAAGAAUGGGAGAAAUCAGUAAGUGGUGGGGAAGACCAGAAAAAUCUGGAAUUUGAACACAAACCUUACAUAACCAAUGUCAAUGAAGACCCUCAGCUCUCUGGAAUCAUCAAACACUGCUUUGAUAAAGGAAAGACUAUAAUAGGAAAGACGAAAGCUGGAGAUGUCAAUGUUCAGCUCCGAGGUCUUGGGAUACAGUCAAGGCAUGCAAUCAUUCAUCACACUGGCACAAAGGUGUAUAUUGAACCUGCAGAGAGAUCAGCACUGAUGUUUGUGUCUGGUCACAGGGUCAGAGAAAAGACUUGUCUCCAUCAUUUGGACCGUAUACGCCUCGGUUCAUCCUGUCUGUUCUUAUAUAUUGGUCCACCUGGGGAACGUACAUCUAGUGACCAAAUGGACCAGUAUAACUAUGACUACUUUAUGAUGGAACUAGCUGAACAUGAGGGUGUUACAGUGGACCUGCAGACUCCCCGUGCCAAUGAGGCUGUGGAUGAGGCAUCCACUGGACGCGUUUUCCAAGAGUAUGUAAGACUACUGCCACUUCUGUCUGAAGCUAAUGCCAUCAGUGAAGAGUUGUCAAAGGCUGUGCAUUUUGAUGCAGAGAUCAAAAGUGAUGCCAGUCAUGACCCUUUGGGUAAAGCAGCAGGUCGAGAGGUCAUUGUCAAAGUAACCAAUACUAAGACGAAGAAGAUUUGGAUGUGGUCUCGUGACAAGUUCCUACACAGAAAAGACCUAAUGGAUGAUCUUUACAGCCAAUUCAUGGAUGAUGGCUCCCUCAAGGUGGCCAAAGAGAAAGACCCUUUCUGGGACCCUGUGGAGGACAUCUUUCUUGGAAGCUGCCAUAUCCUUCUACAAAGUCUGUCUUAUGGUCUGGAGGUAGAUGAGCACUUCGCCCUCCACAAUUACCAUGGCAAGGAGGAGGCUGUCAUGCAUGUCCAGUUGUUGCCAUGUGAUGCUAAAGGGCAGCUUCUCAGUGAAGAUGACCGCAUUUAUGAACCAGCAGAAUUACUGGGCCAGCCAUUUCAUCUGUCUGUCAUUCUCAACCAAUACAUGGGAGUUCGCUGGAAUAAGGAAGACAAAAGUAGAGGUGUUUACUGCAGGUACAAGUUCUUCGAAAGCAAAGUUUUACACACUGACACGCUGUGGAGUAAGAGCUCAGCAGAAGUGGACUACAGGAAAGACUUUGUUUACAGGAAAUUCACACAGGAUUUUCUUAAUUAUCUCGGUACACAUUCUCUGGUGCUGGAGCUCUGGGGCAAACAAGGUGGUGCUAAGGUGGAAGGAGUCACAGCCCAGACCAAUGGUCACACCGAUGGAAACGCAGAGGUAGAUAAUGAGAUGUUGAAGAUGAUGCACCAGAUGGAGUUCAUGAAGAUGGAAUGUGAUGAUUUGAAAAAGGAAAAUUUCAAACUUAAGAAAACUAUAGACACACAGAAGCAAGCAUUGGAAAUUAGCAAGGCUAAGCCAAGACGAGGCAGCAUAGUAGAGAUGGAUAAAAAGCGUCCUGUCACAGAAGUUGCCAACAAGUCUAUAGGGUUGGAUGUAGACCUUGCAAAGGCACUCAAAGUUUUCUUCAAGGAUGUGAGAGGUGUUCAGCAACAGGUCAAGGACAUGAGACAACAAGUGAUGGAAGUAAACCAGGACUCCAGACAGAAUGGCAAUCUGAAGAUCGCACUUGAGAAACAGGACAAAGGACUACAUGACAUUGACAACCAUCUUGCUGCAUGUGUACAGAAUCUUAAACAGACAGUAGCCUCUACUCUGAAAAAGGGCAAGAGCUAA